AUGAACAUCUUCCGCUUCCUCGGCGACCUGUCGCACCUCGCGUCAAUCUUCAUCCUCUUGCACAAGAUGACGACGUCGCGCUCGUGCCGCGGUAUCAGCUUCAAGUCGCAGGCGCUCUACCUCGCCGUCUUUGUCUCGCGCUACCUCGACCUCUUCUGGGCCUUCCACAGCCUGUACAACACGCUCAUGAAGCUCUUCUUCAUCGGCGCGACAGGCUACACCCUCUACCUCAUGAAGUACCGCUACCGCGCGACCCAGGACCCCGCGCUCGACACGUUCAAGCUCGUGUGGAUCCUCGCGCCGGUUACCGUCCUCGCUCUCAUCUUCAACUACGAGUUCUCGUUCGCCGAGAUCAUGUGGUCGUUCUCCAUCUGGCUCGAGUCGGUCGCCAUCCUCCCCCAGCUCUUCAUGCUCCAGCGUACUGGCGAGGCGGAGACCAUCACCACCCACUACCUCGCCGCUCUCGGUCUCUACCGUGGUCUCUACAUCCCCAACUGGAUCUACCGCUACAUCACCGAGGGCCAGUUUGACCCCAUCGCUGUCACCGCUGGUAUCAUCCAGACAGCAAUCUACGCCGACUUUGGUUACAUUUACGUCACCAAGGUCCUCCGCGGACAGAAGUUUGAGCUCCCCGCAUAG